AGACAGACAGACAGACAUGCAGACAGACAUACAGAUAGACAGGCAGACAGACAGAUAGAUAGAUAGAUAGAUAAACUGGCAGACAGACAGACAGAUAGGUAGAUAGUCAGACAGACAGAUAGAUAGAUAGAUAGACAGACAGACAGACAGAUGGAUAGAUAGACAGAUAGAUAGACGGGCAGACAGACAGACAGACAUACAGACAGAUAGAUAGAAAGACUGAUAGACAGAUAGAUAGAUAGAUAGACAGACAGACAGAUGGAUAGAUAGACAGACAGACAUGUAGACAGACAGACAGAGAUAGAUAGACGGGGAGACAGACAAACAGAUAGAUAGACAGAAAAACAGAUAGAUAGAUGGGCAGACAGACAGACAGACAGAUAGAUAGACAGAAAGACUGAUAGACAGAUAGAUAGAUAGAUAGACAGACAGACAGAUGGAUAGAUAGACAGACAGACAUGUAGACAGACAGACAGAGAUAGAUAGACGGGGAGACAGACAAACAGAUAGAUAGACAGAAAAACAGAUAGAUAGGUAGAUAGAUAAAUAGACAGAUAGACAGACAGAUGGAUAGAUAGACAGAUAGGUAGAUGGGCAGACAGACAGACAGACAGACAGACAGAUAGAUAGACAGACAUAGACAGACAGAUACACGGGCAGACAGACAGACAGACAGACAGAUAGAUAGGUAGACGGGAAGACAGACAGGCAGAUAGACUGGCAGACAGACAGACAGAUAGAUAGAUAGAUAGAUAGAUAGAUAGAUAGAUCGGUUAAACAGCUCUGCUUAUACACUUGAAAUAUAAUAAUGUGCUUAUUUAAAUAUAAUAAAUAAAGGGUGCCUGUGCACCUGGGCUCUGUUCCAAACGGCGUGCUGUCGGACGUUGAGUUCUCUGCGCGCGGCGUAGAAGCCGUUAUCUAGAACCCUUAUUAAAGGGCGCCUACGUAGGGCGCGUGGAGCUGUUUGGAGCACGGCGCUGGCUCGACAGCAGGAAGUCAUUUGGCGUUACGAUGCAGGACGAAAGCGGUAGUUGUCUUGUGGUACAGUCUCGGGUUAUGAACUCAAUCCAAACACAGGCAGUGUAGAUCAGAAAGGAGAUCGGAUUCGCCUGGGUUUUUUUUUCUUUUUUCUCCAAUGAAUGCUAAGCUAUAUUGAUGUACACCUCGGGCGUCAAGAUUAGCUGGUUAAUUUCGUUAUCUAGUUAGUUAGGUAAAGUCCACCCGUCCCUGCCUCGACUUCCAGUGUUGUUGUUUAGCAGCAGCGCCGACAUUAAUAACACCUGAACACUCAAAAUACCCAAUAACACACAAACAUGAGCGCUUUAUUACUACGCUCGCCCUGGUGAUGACGUCACGCCGCUGAGGUCCGCGCGACGCCUGAGUCAUGAACUCGGUCACCCCCAGCUCCGCCCAGUACGCCAGGGGCGGUGCGCUUCACAACGACUUCGUGGACGGGAGGAGACUGCCGCCCCCUUCCUCGCCGCGGGUCGUGGAGGCGAGGGGGCAUUUCGGUAACGGGUCGCUCGCUGACGGGCCGGGAGAGCCGGACGAGGUGGAUAAGCUGAAGCUGAAGCUGAUGUCGGCGUGGAACAAUGUCAAAUACGGAUGGUCGGUCAAAAGCAAAACGGUCUUCAACAAAACGUCGCCGCUGAUCCUGAUGGGACAGUCCUACUUACUCGACAGUGAAGAGGAAGUGGAGCGUUUCCGGCUGGCGUUCGGCUCGCGAGUGUGGCUCACCUACAGGAAGGAGUUCCCUCAGCUGGAGGGCUCGAACCUGACGACGGACUGCGGCUGGGGCUGCAUGCUGCGCAGCGGACAGAUGCUGCUCGCCCAGGGGCUCAUGCUCCAUCGGCUACCUCGGCACUGGAGGUGGCCGGGGUGUCCUCAGCUGGCCGAUGUGGAUUUCGAGGUGCUGAGACCUCGCUCGCCGUCUCGUCCCGUGGGUAUCUCCAUCCCCUCCUUCAGCUCUACGUGGAGCACGUCGGGACCUGAGAAACGCCCGUCCUCCGCGACCGAGGUCCCGAAACGAGCCGAGCCGAGCCGGGACGCGCAGACCGAAGACCUCCACCGCAGGCUGGUGUCGUGGUUCGGGGACGUUCCGGCUGCGCCGUUCGGGGUUCACCGGCUGGUCGAGCUGGGCAAGGAUUUGGGGAAGAAGGCGGGAGACUGGUACGGGCCUUCGCUCGUCGCACACAUCCUGCGAAAAGCUGUGGAGAAAAGCGCGGAGCUGGACGAUCUGGACGACCUGGUCGUGUACGUGGCUCAGGACUGUACAGUGUAUAAAGGGGACGUGACGCAGCUGUGCGAACAGAGCUCCUCUGACUCCGGUAGCUCCGGCUGGAAGUCCGUCAUCAUCCUGGUCCCGGUGCGACUGGGAGGAGAUUCGCUCAACCCGUCCUACACCGAGUGCGUCAAGAAUCUCCUGACGUUGGACUGCUGUAUCGGGAUCAUCGGCGGGAAACCCAAACACUCGCUCUUUUUCGUCGGCUUUCAAGACGAGCAGCUAUUGUAUUUAGACCCACACUACUGCCAGCUGGUAGUCGACGUCACACAAGGAAACUUCCCGCUGGAGUCCUUUCACUGUAACUCUCCCAGGAAGAUGAACUUUAAUCGCAUGGAUCCCAGCUGCACCCUGGGCUUCUACGCUCAGAGUAAAAAGGAUUUCGAGUCUCUGUGCUCAGCCGUUAGCAGGGCUUUGUCUGUGUCUAAAGAGCGAUACCCGAUCUUCACGUUUAUAGAGGGCAGGGGGCAGGACUACAGCCUGGAGGGGUACAGCGGGGGCAGCACAGACCCCAGCACCCACAUCCUGCCCACUGACACCAUGAACAGAAACAGCUCUGAGGGCUUCGUGUUUCUGUGAGGACGCCAUCAUGUGGAGCACAGACCAGCUUCUAAACUCCAGCGGAACCUGGGGCACGAUGGAGCGACACAAUACACUGCAGACUUAGCUGUGUGUGUGUGUGUGUGUGUGUGUGUGUGUGUGUGUGUGUGUGUGUGUGUGUGUGUGUGUGUGUGGUGGGGGGAGGUCAUAGAAAAUUGAAUAGGUGUGUUGAAGGUUUUUAUUUUAGGUACAACCAAUCACUAUACUUUUACUUUCUCUCUCUCACCUCUGUCCCACUUUCACUCUCUCUCUUUCUCUCUCUCUCCUCUAUCUCUCUCUUGUUCUCUCUCUCGUUCUCUCCUAUAGCUCUCUCUCUCUCUCUCUCUUUCGCUCUUCUAUCUCUCUCUCUUUCUCUCCUCUGUCUCUCUCGCUUUCUUUCUCUUUCUCUCUCUCUCUCCCCGUCUCUCUCUCUCUCUCUCCCCGUCUCUCUCUCUCCUUCUUUCCCCCGUCUCUCUCUCUCUCUUUCUCUCUCUCUCCUCUAUCUCUCUCUUGUUCUCUCUCUCGUUCUCUCCUAUAGCUCUCUCUCUCUCUCUCUUUCGCUCUUCUAUCUCUCUCUCUUUCUCUCCUCUGUCUCUCUCGCUUUCUUUCUCUCUCUCUCUCCCCGUCUCUCUCUCUCUCUCUCUCUCCCCAUCUCUCUCCUUCUUUCCCCCGUCUCUCUCUCUCUCUCUCUCUCUCUCUCUCUCUCUCGCUCGCUCGCUCGCUCGCUCGCUCUCUCUCUCGCUCGCUCUCUCUCUCUCCCCCACUAUAAGUUGUAGGCGGCUAAUCCGUGUCAUUCUGUUACCAUGACAACAACUCGUGAUUAAACUGAAUGUCGCAGUUACAUGUGGGAAUCACCGGACACCUCAUGAUUCAUAAUUCUGAAAUGUUUAUGCGUCUUUCAUUCAUUUUCCACCCAGAACUAACAACUUCUUAAACCAAAUAAUAUCAUGAAAACAAACAAACAAACAAACCACGAAAAACACUAGAAAUAAAGUUUGUCCCUCUGUAGUGUCGACAUUUUGUGUGUGUGUGGGGGGGGGGGGGGUGUUAUCUUUCUCGCACAGUUGAAGGAUCAUUCGAAAGAGAAUCGUGAUUCGUGAUUCGAUCUUUUAUAAACACACAAACUUUGUGAAGGAAGCUGUAGUGAAGUCGGGUCGGGUCACCGGAAUAAUCCGCUACAGGAGAUUAAAAAAAACCAAAACCGAGCUUUCGCCUUCGUAUCAUCUCAUUGAUGGAAAAAUCCCGAACUACAACCUGUAAAAUCCUCUACGGCAGAUGUUCCGAUGUUCACGCUGUACGUUAGUGAGAAUCUACAUGAAUUCGUUACGCUUCCCGAAGCAGCACUACGUGGAAAUUCCGAGCGAAUCCCAAACCAGGGUUGUUGUUUGUUUGUUUUUGUUUUUUUAAAUCUCUGCUGUACUGGUUGUUUUGUUGUCUCUGUGAAAGGAAACGGGUUUAACUUGUGCUGUGAUGAUGAGAACGAGCUGCUGCUGUCGUCGUGGUGUCCCAAACCUGGAUCCUGAUCAUCUCUCCGUAAACGCCACUGAUCCCAGUCUAAUUAACGAUUAAUGUCCGAGCUAUUUCGGAUCAGACUCGUUAUUCUCGCACGAAACUCUUUUCUAAAUCUCGACGCCGUGUAAGCAGUGCUCCUGAUCAUUCCUGGACGUUACUCUUCUUUUCCACAGUCUUCGCAGUUCAUCGUGAGGAUCACGGGAUUAUCGUCUGAUGAAAUGAAACACUGGAUUACGUUCCUCUGUUGUUGUUUUUUUUAAGCAUAGGAAAAAUAUUCAAUGUUGUUGAAUGUCGUUAAAUCUGGAAAUGCUACAACGUAUGUGCUGUUACUGUUUAAUUUAUGAAAUUGUUUUUUUUGUUGUUUUUUUUUAUCGUGCUGCCUGAGAAUACACCUGCUGAAGUGCA